GAAUACUACCCAAAUAAUCUGUCAGCAAAAAUGGCAUCACCAUAUUCUGGAUCGUCCACGAAUUCCUUAACAUCGACGGUUGCGUGGGGUCAAGAGGCAUUCGACACGUUCCAGUUCAAUGUCCUCUCAUUCGCACUAAAUAACAUUUGGCCUGAUGCAAUUCUCGACGACAUAAUAAUAGAGAGGCUACGAGGAGGUGGAUUCAAUCGCAUCAUUGGGUUAACACGGAAAGGAAGUAGUCGUACGAACUCUGCCGAAGUCCAAUAUAUCAUACGGAUUCCCCGGUACAAAAAUGCACCUGUAGACCGCGAUGUGGCUACUUUGGAAUUUCUUGAGAGGCAUACUAAAAUAUCAAUACCCAAUGUCAUAACAUUCGAUAAUACCCCAGACAACGAAUUAGAGUCUCCCUACAUACUCCAGAAUCGCAUUGCGGGUACUGAUGUAUUAUCGGGCUUUCCUAAGCUUAAUCACGCCGAAAAACUAAGAUUUGCACAUGAACUUGGGAACGUUUUCCGCCAGAUCCUAGCCGUAAGAAGCCACAAAGCUGGCUCUUUAGUAUUCUCAGACAAUGAAGACCUCAAGGCAGAGUUCCGUGUUAUACCGUAUAGAUCCAAAGUUACCAGUUUAGCAGUGCCAUACAGCAAUACCAAAACGACUACGCAAACAGUACGCGAUCUACUAUUAAGCAACUUUGAGGAUCAAAUGGCAUAUAUCUUAGAAAAAUUCCCAAAGGCCUCUGUAAAGCUGGGCCUUUUAGACAAGCUUUGCUCCAUGGCAGGGGAGUUGGAAGAGAGAGGUUGGUUUAACAAUGUUCACUACUGCCUCGCCCAUCUGGAUCUUGCCCCUCGUAACAUAUUAAUCAACCCAACAUCUGAUCUAAAGCAACCCAUAAUAUCAGCGGUUCUCGACUGGGACGCCGCCGUAUUCGCACCCCAAUUUAUGGCCUGCGCGCCACCUCUCUGGUUAUGGGGUUGGUUAGAUGACGAAGAUGAAGACGAGCGAACAGCUAAUGAUGUUCCACCCACGGUAGAAGGACAUCAGCUCAAGACAGCAUUCGAAAGAGCUGCUGGAAAAGAAUAUAUGCGAUUCGCAUAUCACCCUGCGUAUCGGCUAGCAAGGAGGCUAGUUAGGUUUGCAAUUGGGGAUGGAAUACAAUCAAAUGAAGACUGGAGAGAUGCUGAGGAAGUUCUAGAAGAAUGGAAGACCAUUAGGUAGCUGGAAUAUCACGAUAAAAAUAUGUAUGCAUAAAUAUCAUUACGUU